AUGCUUCUAGUUCUCAUGGGUGUGAAAAACUGGCAGUCGCGCAUGUGGCGGCUCGUGAUGGAACUCUCUGAUUUCGCGAAGAACGUGCAAGAUAUCGGUGGCGCUGGAUAUGUUUCCUGGCCUUCUGGUGACCCAAUGGGUGACCAACUUCGCAGCAACCGGCAGUUUAUGCGCGAAUACGCACGUGUCGUCGACCAGGUGUGUUUUACCGUUUCUGUUGGUUAUGUCAUCUGCAUAUGA